AUGAACCUUGAAGAAUUUGGAGACAAGAAGUUCUUGUGGAAAUUUUUAUGUUCUGUGUAUUUUGCUGAUGAUGUUUUGCCAAAUGAUUCAGCUACAAGGAAAGGUUCCAAGAGGCUGGUGCUGGGAAGUAAAGCUGACUCUUGGGACAGAUGGCCUUACCAGUUGGCCAAGAGCUGGCGUAGGGUACUUAACUCAGCUGGUCUUCAGGUGCCUGCCCAGAGGCAGUGGUGCAGCCUGUGCACAGCUCACCCUGGAGCUUCCCCCUCUGCUCCACAUUUGUUCACUGUGACACUAUUUACACCUUUCGGAGCUUCACUCUCUGUCACCUUAAUGAGGGGAAGGGAAGAGGCUGAGAUUGAGAGAAGGGAAAAAGGCUCGGGAAACAACUGUUCCUUCAGAGUUGGCACUGCAAAACUCCAGCACAGGUUUCAGCAACUACAGCAUCUGGUCCACCCAGAUUUCUUCAGCCAGAGAUCUCAGACUGAAAAGGACUUCUCAGAGAAGCAUUCAAUCCUGGUGUAUGAUGCCUAUAACACCCUUCUGGCCACCCUGAGCAGGGGACUAUAUUGUAAGCUAAAGCUUCAUGGGAUAGAGAUUCCUGAAGGGACAGAUUAUGAAAUGGAUAGUCAAUUCCUCAUGAAAAUAAUGGAAAUCAAUGAAAAACUUGCAGAAGCUCAAAGUGAAGCUGCCGUGAAAGAAAUUGAAUCCACUGUACAAGCUAAACAGAAAGAAUGUACUGACAACGCGAGCAGAGCUUUUGAACAAGAUGACUUUGAAAAAGCCAAGGAAACUUUAACAAAGAUGAAAUACUUUUCAAAUGUAGAAGAAAAGAUCAAGUUAAAGAUGACUCCCUCUAGUUAA